GCCUCUGCAGAGAGACACGCAGCCGGCUCGACGCGCUCGCUCGCUCGCUCGCUCGCCUCCUUUGAGCUUCUGGGUCGAGAUUCACUUUGCGCAGUACGAAGCGACUGGGAUUUCCUUAAGUUCAAAAACAUAUUUCCAGUUGAGUGUGCGGCAAGUCCCGUACCGGUACAGUCAGAGUUCAUUAAACAGCUCGGCCGGCACGAUGGCGAGAGGACGCGUGGGUUCGUAGACGUAACGCGAGUAUUUUGCGUCCGAGCCGAGCGCUGCAUGAACCGGGACACCUCCGCCUCCCGAAAACGGCGACGUGAUAUUUUGAAUCGAGUACGAGUUGUUCAGUUUGUGGGUAUACGGUAACCCGAAGGCCUGAUGGAGUUAUCUGGAGCGCACGGAUGUUUUGGGAACGCGUCUACCUGAGCGAACGCAUUGGAUCCGAACGCGUUGGACGCGCUGAAAGUCUUUGUGCGCUGCUUUUAGGGGUGACUUAUAAACCCUGUCGUUUUAUACUGCGUCAAAUCACUUUCCUCAGGGACUAUUCCUCAACAUAUGGAAGAUGAUUGGUGAAGCUCUGAGAAAAACAGAUCGCUGACAUCGUGGCCUGAAUACUUGUCCUUCCCCUUUAAAGUCUAAACUAUCGUCCAGCGUCUGGAGACCGCCAUUAACUGCGAUGGCUUCUUCACUGUGGAACUGUCCCUUUGUGCACGGACUUGUGUUAACUGUGAUCUUUUUACAAUGUUCAGAAGCUUUCAGUCGGUCAGCUUCACCGUUUGGCCUGGUGCGGAGAGAGCUGUCGUGCGAGGGCUACCCCAUCGAUCUCCGCUGCCCGGGGAGUGAUGUCAUCAUGAUAGAAACCGCCAACUACGGCCGCACAGAAGACAAGAUUUGCGACGCUGACCCGUUCCAGAUGGAAAACAUUAACUGCUACCUCCCUGACGCCUACAAAAUCAUAUCUCAAAGGUGCAACAACCGGACGCAGUGUGUUGUCAUCACUGGAUCAGAUGUCUUCCCAGAUCCAUGUCCCGGGACGUACAAGUAUCUUGAGGUCCAGUACGAGUGUGUGCCGUACAUUUUCAUUUGCCCCGGGACUCUGAAAGCGGUCGGGGACCCAGCCUUCGUGUUUGAGGCCGAACAGCAAUCCGGAGCCUGGUGCAAAGACCCCCUGCAGGCCGGGGAUAAGAUCUACUUCAUGCCGUGGACUCCGUACCGCACAGACACGCUCAUUGAGUACACCUCGCUCGAUGACUUGCGCAGCGGUCGACAGACAACUACAUACAAGCUUCCACACCGCGUGGACGGAACUGGAUUUGUGGCCUACGAUGGGGCCAUUUUCUUCAACAAGGAACGCACGCGAAACAUUGUAAAAUUUGACCUGAGGACUCGGAUAAAGAGUGGAGAGGCCAUUGUUGCCAAUGCCAACUACCACGACACCUCGCCGUAUCGCUGGGGUGGCAAAACCGACAUUGACUUGGCGGUGGACGAGCGAGGACUGUGGGUCAUCUAUGCCACCGAGCAGAACAACGGACGUAUUGUUCUCAGCCAACUCAACCCAUACACGCUACGCUUCGAAGCCACGUGGGAAACGGCCUACGACAAACGCUCGGCGUCCAAUGCCUUCAUGGUAUGUGGCGUAUUGCACGUGGUGCGUUCCACUUAUGAGGAGAACGAAAGCGAGGCCAGUAAGAGCCAAAUCGACUACGUGUACAACACCAAAUGGGGCCAAGGGGAGUAUACGGACAUCCUCUUUCCCAACCAGUAUCAAUACAUCGCCGCUGUGGAUUACAACCCAAGGGAUAACCAGCUAUAUGUGUGGAAUAAUUUUUACAUUCUGCGCUACAAUCUUGACUUCGGCCCACCUGAUCCAGCCGAAGUACCGACCGUCUCAGAUGAAGUCAGGUCGACGGUGCUGCCCAGAAGAACUACACCCGUUAUGACCACCACAACAGUUGCUGCCCACAAAUCCCCGGUGAACAUCACCACCACCCCCAAUCCCAGGGGCAGGGACACAGCUGCGGACCACCCUGAGCCAGCGGAGCCCACCGCUGUCAGCUUGCCCCCCUCCAGCAAACGCUUCUGCGACAGCGCGGAGAGGCGAGGAAUAUCCUGGCCUCAAACGCACCGCGGGGCGACGGUGGAGCGUCCCUGUCCUAAAGGAACUCGAGGAAUCGCUUCGUUUCUAUGCACGGCUGUCGAUGGGACCUGGAAUGCCAAGGGUCCCGAUCUCAGCAACUGUACAUCCCAUUGGGUAACACAGGUGGCACAGAAGAUCCGCAGUGGAGAAAACGCAGCAAACCUGGCCAAUGAGCUGGCGCGUCACACUCAGGGUCCCGUGUACGCCGGGGACGUGAGCUCAUCCGUUCGACUGAUGGAACAGCUCGUGGAUAUACUGGACGCACAACUGCAAGAACUGAAACCUCGUGAGAAAGACUCAGCGGGACGCAGCUUCAACAAGCGUCAAAAAAGAGAGAGGACUUGCAGGGCCUAUAUGAAGGCCAUCGUGGACACGGUUGACAACCUCCUGAGGCCAGAAGCCCUUAAAUCCUGGGAGGACAUGAAUUCCACAGAGCAAACACACGCCGCCACCAUGUUACUCGAUACCCUGGAGGAAGGAGCCUUUGUCCUUGCAGACAACCUGAUCGAGCCCGCUGUCGUCAGAGUGCCUGCCGAGAACAUCAUUUUGGACGUGUACGUGUUGAGCACUGACGGCCAAAUUCAAGACUUCAGGUUUCCACAGACCAGCAAAAGAGGAGCCGCAAUUCAGCUCUCAGCCAACACGGUCAAACUGAACAGUAAAAACGGUUUUGCCAAGUUGGUCUUCGUCCUCUAUAAGCACCUGGGGGAUUUCCUGAGUACAGAGAAUGCCACAGUGAGGUUAAUGGGAGAGGGCGGAGUCAGAAACCACACCCUGACCGUCAACUCCCACAUCCUCUCCGCCUCCAUCAACAAAGAGUCCAGCAGGGUGUUUGUGUCAGAGCCGGUCAUAUUCACGCUGGAGCAUCUGGACACCGAAAAUUACUUCAACCCAAACUGCUCUUUCUGGAACUACUCGGAGAGGAGCAUGAUGGGAUACUGGUCAACGCAAGGCUGCAAACUCCUCGCGACAAACAAGACUCACACCACAUGUUCCUGCAGUCACCUCACUAACUUUGCAAUCCUGAUGGCUCAUCGUGAACAUGCGGGCGAGGGGAGCGUCCACGAACUCCUGCUGACAGUCAUCACGCGAAUGGGCAUCGCCGUUUCGCUUGUCUGCCUCGCCAUUAGUGUCUUCACUUUCUGCUUCUUCUGCGGCCUGCAGAGUGACCGCAACACCAUCCACAAGAAUCUGUGCAUUAACCUCUUCAUCGCCGAGCUCCUCUUCCUCGUGGGCAUCAACAUGACCGAACCUCCGAUCGUGUGCUCCGUGAUCGCUGGAUCGCUUCAUUUCUUCUUCCUGGCGGCGUUUGCCUGGAUGUGUUUGGAAGGUGUUCAGCUGUUCCUCAUGCUCGUGGAAGUCUUUGAGAGCGAGUUUUCCCGGCGAAAGUACUAUUACGCGUCCGGCUAUCUGUUUCCCGCUGUGGUGGUGGGGAUUUCGGCAGUCAUCGACUACAAAAGCUACGGCACCAAGAAAGCUUGUUGGUUGAGGGUUGAUAAUCAUUUCAUCUGGAGUUUUAUUGGUCCUGUCACAUUCGUCAUUAUGCUUAAUCUCAUCUUUCUGGUGGUGACUAUGUACAAGAUGGUAAAACACUCGACGUCUAUGAAACCUGAUUCCAGCAGACUGGAGAACAUACGGUCCUGGGUGCUGGGCGCUUUUGCAUUGCUGUGUCUGCUUGGCCUCACUUGGUCCUUUGGCUUGUUCUUCUUAAACGACUCUUCCAUACUGAUGGCGUACCUCUUCACCAUCUUCAAUACCUUGCAAGGGAUGUUCAUCUUCAUCUUCCACUGUCUCCUGCAGAAGAAGGUGCGUAAAGAAUACAGCAAGUGUUUCCGUCAGUCUCAGUGCUGUGGCGGUCUGCCCUCUGAAGGCCCUCACAGCUCCAACAAAGCCUCGGCCUCCAGGUCCACGGCUCGAUAUUCAUCUGCUACACAGAGUCGCAUCAGGAGGAUGUGGAACGACACGGUGAGGAAACAGUCGGAGUCUUCCUUUAUCUCCGGAGACAUCAACAGCACUUCCACUCUAAACCAAGGAAUGACCGGCAACUAUCUCCUAACUAACCCUCUCCUACGGCCCCACGACACUAACAACCCCUAUAACAACCUUCUCGCCGAAACCAUCGUGUGCAACACGCCUUCACCUCCGGCGUUCCACUCCCCAGGCCAGCACUCGCUGACGAACAGCCGUGAUGUCAGCACCAUGGACACGCUCCCUCUCAACGGCAACUUCAACAACAGUUACUCGCUGAGGGAGGACGACUACGAAGACCCCGCGUUUCGCUGCCCGGCCGAAUGCGCUUUAGGCCUGGACGACCCUGCCUUGGAAAAGAUGAUCAUCUCCGAACUGGUUCACAACAACCUGAGGCCUCGCGGACCGCCACGGAACCAAAGCGACACCAAAACCGAGCAAGGCUUCAAUCGCAGAGACCCAGCGGUGCAGCAGACGCGCGUCAGCAUCGACGGGGGUGUUGGUAACAGCAGCGGGAGCGAAGACGAUGCCAUAGUUGCUGAUGCCGACACCUCCGCUUUGUCAGCGUCCACAAACCACCCGGCACUGGAGCUUCUGCUCCUUAACCCGAACCACCGGGAGGCCCUUGAGGCCCCGCUUUUGCCCCAGCGAACUCAUUCCCUCCUUUACUGUGCUCAGAGGGCGUCUCGACGGGCCGCCAGGCCACAGGAAGACAGCAGGGAGGCAGAAGAAGAGCAAAGGCCGGCAGAAGAAGAGAACACGUCCUCGCCAAAUAACAGGGACUCGUUGUACACGAGCAUGCCCGAUCUCAGAGACUCGUCGCCCUCGGAGUCGGUCGACCCUGCCAGCGGAGAGGACGACGGUUCGCCCUGCUCGUCCACUCGAGGUGAACCAGAGGAACUCUUUCACAAGAGCUUGCCCGACCUGGGCGACGGGACGCAACCCCUCUCCUACUAUCAAAUAAGCCGGCGGGGGACCAGCGAGGGCUGUAUUGGCCCCGGGCUCCCUGACGGCUGUCUCCCACGGGAAGGUGAAGCGGAUAAAGAUGGACAGAUGCAGCUAAUCACCAGCCUCUGAGCCCAGAAUGUUCCCUUGCGCUCCUUUUUCUUUACCUGUUCUGACCGUUCAGACACAAACUGCGAGAGAGGGACUCGUCGACGGCACAAUGACUUUUUUUAGAUACAGUCCUUUCGAACGCUUAGGUUGUGCGAGUGCGGAUGUGGAGGCUGUUUCCUGAGACUGGCAUCAUACACAUCUUUGUACAAUAUACUGUAAAAAACAACGACAAGACAUACAUGCCAAUGUCCGAUUUUUUGUAGAACUUUUCAAACGUUUCCGGCCAGUUUGCAGGUAAUCGUCCCGUCUUGGAAACGCAGAGGUUCUCUGUAAUGCAGAAGGAAGGGUUAAAGACUGAAAAAAGAACCACUAUUCCAGACUCAGGCUUUAUAUUUUCUCUUUUGCACAUAUAACUGUUGUACGAAUGACAGCUGAAGAAAAUAUAUUUUGCAGUACCACAAGGGUAAAGAAGAAAAGUGUUGAGGAAUAAUGACCAUAUUAGAAACAGUUCAGAUAAAUGCUAGGGAAGUCGUUGCACAUUUUCUUGCAAUGUGUGAGAUUUUUCAUGUGUUGUUAAAGCAUUGAGGACAUGGAGGGAGCCAGAAGAAGCCGUACUCACAUCUCCUCUCACGAGCGGUGUGCUCUGCUAGGGAUUGUACCAUUCAAAUGUGUUUUGCCAACGUGUAUGUAGAAAAAGAAGCUUCCUUAUUUUUGUUCAGCUGAACAAAAGCGGUGUCUUGCACAAAUUCGGAGUGAAUUGGAUUCAUAUGUAAUUUAUUUUACUUAAAACAGAAAAAGAAAAGAAAUGCUUGACAGUAUUUGUCAGGGAUCAGGAAUAUUCAUAUGUGGUAACACCUCACCUUAAGGACAUAUCUCAGUAUUUGACACGAAAUAAUUUAUUAGAUGAAGUAUGAACUAUGAAAUACAAGGGUUGAGACAGACGUGUGCGUGAUGCAACACUGUUGAUAUUCAUUUCAAUCUUUUCUAAGAGCCCAUUGUCAUGCGCUGAUGUAAAUUCAACUCUUGUUUGAUAUCAAAUAAAUGUGACAAUUUUUCUGGUUUGCAAAUAUCAGUCUCAUUCCAUGCAGUGUUGAACUUACAGAAUUGUUGAAUGCGAUGAAGGAACAUUUAACAUAAAACCAUUUAAAGAGAAGAGAAAAUAUAAGGUGGGAUUUGAUUUUGAUCAAUUGAAGCACUGAGCGUUGACUUUUGACCGAGACCAUCUCCACAUAUGCGAUGAGAAUAAAUCGAACACUCUUCACCAGUGCUUAUUUUUACAUUUGCUGAUCAAUUUGCGUACAAAAAUAAGACCAAAAACACGUAUUAAGGUGAAUUAAUUGUGAUUUCAUGUUGCCUUUAAAGAACUCU